UACGUUUUCUUUACUUGCUCUCUGCCUGGAUCUGCUGAUCAUGAUACGAGAUGUAACCUGUACUUUGGAGAAUCAAGUCAUCCAGUUCAAACAACAACCAUCAUGGAGAAAAGAUCCUCAAAGAAUCAGUGGUUCUGCCAGUUUAUUGUCACAAUCGAAGAUUUGUUGGGACAUCUAAGUUCAGUUCAACAAAGUGAUGCCAGCUGUGAUUACACUUUGAGAAGUGAACCCAACUCUUUGUCUCCUCGUAGUGAUGGAUACAGCUUGACUGAUAUCGUGGAAAAAGAGUCACAUGUGACACAGACUAUGACGACAUCUACUGUGACUACAACUCCUGAAACUCCUGCAAAACAAACUUCAGGUCUGACAGUGAGCAUGCCUCAUGUUACAACUCCUGAAACUCCUGCAAAACAAACAUCAGUAGAUCAGACACUUCAUGAGUCCAACACUAAAGCUAGCUUGUCUCCUGUAACUCCACCAAACCCAGCACCAGAAACAAAGAAUUGGCUGACAUGGAUGAUAUGGACGUCAGUCAUAGCUGCUGUGGCUGGUUUUGUAAUGGUUAUCUUCCUGGGACUCACACUUCUCUUCACCAGUGGAAGAAAUGAAGAUGGGUGCAGGAGAAGUCUCAACAGUGGAGAGUACUUGCCAGGUGGUUACGAUGAAACCUACAGCAUCGUCACAUAUAAAUUCAUAGAGAGUGAUGGGUGUGCAUAUAUGAGAAGUCUCAACAGUGGAGAGUACUUGCCAAGUGGUUAUGAUGAAACCUACAGCACCCUCAGAUAUUAA